CUUCAACUUCAUAGAGACCGACUUCUUUCAACUCCAACCGCCAUUAAAGCUGCCCAAAACCCUCUGAACCAAAACAGCUUCGAGCACAACUACAGGCAAAUCUGCAACCUUCUUCUUUCCUUCACCCAUUCCCGAUCACUCGUUAAGGGCCUCCAGCUCCAUGCCCACAUCGUCAAAUUCGGAUUACAGACCAUCCCUCUCGUCUCCCACCAUCUGAUCAACCUCUACUCCAAGACCCAAUUGCCGCAUUUUUCUCUGCAGGUUUUCGAUGAAACUCCGACCAAAUCGCCCACCACUUGGAGCUCUGUUAUCUCUGCAUUUGCCCAAAACGAGGCCCCGUCUCCUGCCCUUGAGUUCUUCCGACGCAUGGUCAGUCUUGGGAUUCGGCCUGAUGAUCAUAUAUACCCCAGCGCGGCCAAAUCGUGUGCUUUUUUGUGUAGGUGUGAUGUUGGGAAAUCUGUGCAUUGCCUUGUUGUGAAGACUGGAUAUGAUUGUGAUGUGUUUGUUGGGAGUUCGCUGGUGGAUAUGUAUGCGAAGUGUGGAGAGAUUGGAGAUGCGCGCCAUGUGUUCGAUGAAAUGCCUGAGAGGAAUGUGGUGUCUUGGAGUGGGAUGAUUUGUGGGUAUGCUCAAAUGGAUGAAAGUGUGGAGGCAUUGACUCUGUUCAAGCAAGCUUUGGUUGAGAAUGUUGAUGUUAAUGACUUCACAUUCUCGAGUGUGAUUCGGGUUUGUAGCAGCUCGACGCUUCUCGAAUUGGGGAAGCAGAUCCAUGGAUUGUGCUUGAAGACGAGCUUUGAUUCCUCAAGCUUUGUUGGGAGCUCUUUAAUUUCUCUGUACUCGAAGUGUGGGGUUAUAGAAGGGGCUUAUCAAGUUUUUGAAGAGAUACCCAUAAGAAAUCUUGGUAUGUGGAAUUCAAUGCUGAUAGCUUGCGCUCAACAUGCGCAUACAGAGAAAGUGUUUGGUUUCUUUGAGGAAAUGGAGAAUGUGGGGAUGAAGCCAAACUUCAUUUCUUUUUUGUCUGUGCUUUAUGCUUGUAGCCAUGCUGGGUUGGUUGAAAAGGGACAAGAAUACUUCAAUCUAAUGAGAGAUUAUGGGAUUGAACCAGAGGCUCAGCACUAUGCCUCUUUAGUGGACUUGCUUGGACGAGCUGGGAAAUUACAGGAAGCCGUUUCUGUGGUCAAAGAAAUGCCAAUGCAGCCUACUGAAUCUGUUUGGGGAGCCUUAUUGACAGGGUGCAGAAUCCAUAAAGAUACCGAAAUGAUAGCUUUUGUGGCGGACAGAGUAUUUGAACUGAAUAGUGCUAGCUCAGGUCUACAUGUUUUGUCAUCAAAUGCUUUUGCUGCAGCUGGUAGAUACGAAGAAGCAGCCCGGAUAAGGAAAAUGCUGCGGGAUCGAGGUGUGAAAAAAGAGACGGGUUUGAGUUGGGUUGAAGAGGGAAACAGAGUUCACACAUUCACUGCAGGUGAUAGAUCUCAUGCAAAAUGGGCAGAGAUUUACAAGAAGCUAGAAGAGUUGGAGGAGGAAAUGGAGAAAGCUGGUUAUGUUGCAGACACGAGUUUUGUGCUGCGAGAGGUAGACGGCGAUGAGAAAAGCCAGACGAUUCGAUAUCAUAGUGAAAGAUUGGCCAUUGCGUUCGGGCUUAUUACCUUCCCGCCGGGGAGGCCUAUAAGAGUUAUGAAGAACUUGCGCGUUUGUGGUGAUUGUCACGCAGCAAUAAAGUUCAUGUCCAAGUGCUCUGGGAGAAUUCUCAUUGUUAGAGACAACAACAGGUUUCAUCGUUUUGAGGAUGGAAAAUGCUCGUGUGGCGACUAUUGGUGAUUGCUGUUGGUCAAUGGAGGUCCACAUAGCUGGUUGUCAAUGAAGCUCGAUGGAUCUAAGCCUUGGAGUUGUGUACUUGUUGGAAUUGCACCUGAUAAGUUGUUGUGGGACAAGUUCAAGUAAGUCAAGAAUGUUAACUUCGACAUGCUUGGUGGUAUUUGCCCCGAGAGUUGGUUUCUUGAUAAAUCAAGAGACUCCAUAUUUGUCAUGCUUCCAAUUUGUUGUGGAAUAGUUCCUUUGAGAUGGUUUCCUGAGAGAUUCAAUGAUCUCAACUCCAAGAGAUUGGUAA